CAGGCGCUUAAUGACUGAGCCCCCCAGGUGCCCCAUCACAGCCUUCUUUUUAGAUCAGCAAGCUCCUUAGGUUUUGUGAAAUUCAAUCUAAGUCCUCCUGGUGAGGACAAGCCACAGGUUGAAGGGCCACGCUCAGAAUGGACUUCCUGAUUGCUCUUACUCAUUGUCAUCUCUUCUGUCCUCUGCUUUGGAGCUUAUCACACCUGAAUUCCCGGAGGUCAGCUCGGGCAUGGCCUAACUCGGGGCAGGCGACAGUGGAGGCUGGGUGGCCCAGCGGGCCUGGGCUGGGCUGAGCCUCCUGUCCGUGGAUGACUCUGCCCCGCUUCCCGAGUGCAGGACGGCACUGAGGUGGUGGUCAAAGAGGUUCUGGCCGGAGACAGCGUCCACAGCCUCCUCAGCAUCCUGGACGUCAUCACCGGCCACACCGCUCCGUACAAAACCGUGUCUGCCCGCGCUGCUAUCCCUUCCACCGUCCUCCGGCUCCCAGCGGUGGCUUUUCAAGGAGUUUUUGAGAAGUAUCCUGAAACCCUGGUGAGGGUGGUGCAGAUCAUCAUGGUGCGGCUGCAGAGGGUCACCUUUCUGGCUCUGCACAACUACCUGGGCCUGACCACAGAGCUCUUCAACCCGGAGAGCCAGGCCAUCCCCCUGGUGUCUGUGGCCAGUGUGGCUGCCGGGAAGGUCAGAAGGCAGGCAUGCUGCGUCUCCGAGGAUCGUCUUGAGAGGCCCCUGCGGCCCCAGGACUCCUGCGACCCAGGUCGAGGGGGCAGCCGUGCAGCAGCCUCUGGCCCUCUGCUGCAGAGGAGCCAGUCCUUCCCGCUGCCUUCUGUCCACGAAGAGAUCCUGGAUGAGUUCGGCAAGGCCCAGGCAGGUGACCAGGCCCCUUUCGCUCCACCAGGGAGCACCUCAGACCUGAGGAUGGCGUGUGACCGUGCCAGGGUCCUCCUCCAUGCAGAGGAACGCCCUGGGAGCGCCGUGGCCAGCAAGUCCAAGAAGAGCGUGAUUGUUGCAGACGCUCCCUCUGCAGUCUUCCAGUACUCAGAGACUAACUCAGAUGAGACGGUCUCCAGCAGGAAGACAGAUGCCAUUCUCAGGGCCGCCAAGAAGGACUUGCUCACCCUGAUGAAGCUGGACGACGCCUCGCUCUUGGAUGGCCGGGUGACGCUUCUCCAUGUUCCGGGGGGCACAGUGGUGUCGAGGCAGGGAGACCAGGACGUGAACAUCCUCUUUGUGGUCUCGGGGCUGCUGCACGUGUACCAGCGGAAGAUUGACUGUGAGGAGGACACCUGCCUGUUCGUCGUGCGCCCCGGGGAGGUGGUGGGGCAGCUGGCCGUGCUCACGGGGGAGCCCCUCAUCUUCACCAUCAAGGCCAACAGGGACUGCAGCUUCCUCUCCGUCUCCAAGGCACACUUCUAUGAAAUCAUGCGGAAGCAGCCGACGGUGGUCCUGGGUGUCGCGCACACCGUGGUGAAGCGCGUGUCGUCGUUCGUGAGGCAGAUCGACUUCGCGCUGGACUGGAUGGAGGUGGAGGCCGGGCGCGCGGUAUACAGGCAGGGGGACAAGUCAGACUGCACCUACAUCGUCCUCAGUGGCCGGCUACGCUCGGUGAUCCGGAAGGACGACGGCAAAAAGCGCCUGGCGGGGGAGUAUGGCCGCGGAGACCUCAUUGGUGUGGUGGAGACGCUCACCCACCAGGCCAGGGCGACGACAGUGCAUGCUGUUCGGGACUCCGAGCUGGCCAAGCUUCCGACAGGAGCCCUGACAUCCAUCAAGCGCAGGUACCCACAGGUUGUGACGCGGCUGAUUCACCUCUUGGGUGAGAAGAUUUUGGGCAGCCUCCAGCAGGGAACUGCGACAGGUCACCAGUUUGGGCUGCACACCACAGGCAGCAAGUGGGACUCGGGGAACCCCGCCAGCAACCUCUCCACGGUGGCUGUCAUGCCUGUGUCCGAGGAUGUGCCCCUCACCGCCUUUGCCCUGGAGCUCAAGCACGCCCUCAGUGCCAUCGAGGGCUGCCGGGGGCAGGAGAGCAUCUGCCCGGCGUCCUGA